AUGAAAAUUUCUACUUUACUUAUUAUUAGUUCAACAACUCUUUCAAUUAAUGGUUUGUCAUUAUUCGGUAUAAAAAACCUAGAUCCAAAGAAAAGAGAUAGUGAUAUAGAAGAGACACCUACAAAUGCUAAUGUGAAAUCAAUUAAUGGUGGUGACCUAGAAGGCAUUACUCACAUUAAUGGUACUUCUCAAUAUGGUACACUAAAACGAUUGGGAGGAUUUUCAACUCAUGGCUCUGGUGGUUAUUCAAGUCAUGGCUCUGGUGGUAGCUCUAGUCACGGAUCUAGUGGUAGUUCUGGUCAUGGAUCUAGUGGGGGUUCAAGUGAAGGAUCUAGCGGUGGCUCGAGUGGUGGUUCAAGUGAAGGAUCAAGCGGUGGCUCUAGUGAAGGAUCGAGCAGUGGUUCUGGAACCAGAGGUGGAUCAAAUGGUGGAUCAAGCAAUGGUUCAGGAGGUUCAAAUGGGUCAGGUUCUACAACUAAUACUAGAUACAUUGGAGGAGGAGUUGGGAAUGGUAGACAUCAUACAAGUUCAAGUUCAACAAGAGGGUCUAAUUCCACCUCAUCUCAUCAAGGUGCUGGUAAUUCUAGAGGAGAUCCAAAUUCCGGUUUAAUUCUUUUGGGGGCUUUUGUUGGUGCCCUUUUAGUAUAA